AUGGUAAGUCCCGCGGCACAGUACCAAGUCGGGGAGAGCGUGGACGUGUGGAGCAAUUCGAAAAACGCGUACCUUCGUGGUUUUGUUCGACAGGUAGUUCUGGAUGCGGACGGAACGGUGGACCGGGGCGAGCGCGUGCCGCCCGGAUCGGUCUUCGUGGAGUACGCAGGAAUCGCAAAAUGGAUCAUGGAGCGAGACAUCGAGCGCCUAUUGCAGAAGGUCGACGAAAAAGCCGCCCCCUCGAACCGACCGCCGGCAAAGCGAGACAGCGCUGCAGUACGCUUAGUUCCUUGAUGAUUCAUUUUGCAUCCAAGAUAGACAGUAUCAGCUGUUGUCUUCAUGAUCGCUAUUCUUUUUCUGCUUGCUAGCGAUUUUCAUUCUGUUGCAAUAUGCUUGCGAGCACGAGCUAUCGGUUAAAAUUCUACAGGAGCGGCGUGGCAGCAACCCUCAACAGUUGGCGCAGCGUCUCUCCGUCCAGAACGAGCCCCCGAUGUUGUGCAAGUGGGGGUGUGGGCACCAGGUGCAGCCUGGGUUGACGCGAAACCUGAACCCGUACGACACCUGCUGCAAAAAGUGCGGCACGACGAAGGGACAGGGCGGGCACGACCCAAAUUGCCCCGGCCCGCCGGUCGACGACAGAACUCCUAAGGGAAACAACAGGCGAAAGAGUGUGCAACCCGCGCAGCCCAUCGCGGACCAAGACGAGUUUCCGGGCGUUUCGAGCUUUUCCGUCCCCGAGAUCUUUUCGUUGGUAAAGUCCACGCAGGAUUUACAAGGACUAGUGCGAGACCAUAUCCGGGAAUUCGGCGGCAGGGACAGUUUGAACAGAAACCAGCUGACAAAAAGCUACAAGCUCUUCUGCCAUCAGGCCCUGGUCGACGACGAUUUCCAACAGCACUGGAAACGGCACAUGGGCUCUGCCUCCUCCGAAGGGGGGAUUGGCUCCGCAGAUUUAUUGAAGUUCUACCGGUCGGUGGCGCAGGAGAAUUUGCAACAGAAUCUGAAACCCGAGAAACUGGAAAUCCAGCGAAAAAUGCUGAUUCGGCAAAACCCGGGGCAGCUCGAGCAAUUCUACAGCGUCGGCAAAAAGCUGGGCGAAGGGAGCUUCGGAUCCGUGCAUCUGGUCCAACCAAGGAGCGGAACGUCUAGAGAUAAUAAUAAUUCUCCCUCCCCCACAAAUAAAGGCAAAGGACGGAAAUCGGAUCCGGACGGCUCAACCACGACGCAAAUGCGGGUUUGCAAGUCCAUAAAGCUGGACGGAUUCAACGAGGGAUCCACACUAAACGACUUGAUUGAGGAAAUCAACAUUAUGGCAGAGCUCGACCACCCAAAUGUUAUCAAGGUCUUCGAGUACUUUCGGGGAAAAAAGCAGCUGGACGUGAUUAUGGAGCUGUGUGAGGGAGGGGAGCUCUGGGAUCGAUUCAAGCGCUACGAGAAGAGCGACGCGGUAACAAAAGAGCGGUGGGUCUACGCAACGGUGCUGCAGAUUUUACGCGCACUGGCCUUCAUGCACGACACCGUCCGGAUUGCGCAUAAAGGUAUAACUGUAAACAUGAAGAUUACUUUGCCUUCUGGCUCGCACCACAGUCACAGUCUUUUCUUCCGAUUCUCCAAACCACAUCGACUCACGAAAGUUUUGUCAGCAAGAAAAUGUGCAAACGAAACAAAAAGAUGCUGAAGCAAAUGGUUUUCGAUCAAGGCAAAUAAAUCAAAAAUAGAAAUCCCCAAAACUAUCAACUCGCUGCAGAUCUUAAACCGGAGAACGUGCUGCUCGUUUCCCCGGAUAGCGACACCCUGAAAAUCAUCGAUUUCGGUCUUGCCGAAAAGUUCCAAAAGGGGCAAAACGUGAGUGACCUGCAGUGCGGCACGCCGCUCUUUUCCGCGCCCGAGAUUCUUCGGCAACAACCCUUCGACUUCAAGGUCGACGUUUGGAGUUGUGGGGUUCUCAUGUACCACAUGCUGGAAAACACCGGUCCGUUUCCGGCGCAAACCAUGGAGCAACUGAAGAAAAUGGUGUGCACCAACGCGUAUAAGAUCCCCAAUCCGACCAGAAAAACGCCUGGCAUCCCGCCCGACUGCGUCGAUUGCUGUCUCCGGAUGAUGUGCAAGAAUGCCACGGACCGGCCGAAGGCCAGCGAAGUUUUUCAGCAUCCGUGGAUGACGCGGAUGCAAGCAGAGUGCGCCGGGGACGUGAAGCUGUCGCCGGGGGUGUGCCAGAUUCUCGAGAACUUCCACAACCAGAGCGAGAUCAAAAAGGCAAUUUACCUGUACAUAGCCUACUUCUCCAACAUGAGCAACAAACACGCGGAACCCGUGCGCGUGCUGUUCUCCCACCUGGACAAACUCAACACCGGGCGGAUCGCCCAGGCGGACAUCAAGGACACGCUGAUGCGGGCGGGGUUCGAAUCCCGCGCGCACGCCGGCGCCAUUGCCUACUCCCUCUGCCGGAGGAAAAACAGCGCCGGGGUCGGGUACACGGAGUUUCUGGCCGCGGUGUGCAGUAUUCGGAUCUCGACGAAGCACCACGAACUCAUCCGACAGGCUUUUAACGCCUUCGACCGGAGGAGAAAAGGGAACUUGGAGAUCGAGGACCUCGUCGCGCUGCUGAACCACGACAAGAAUCAGGACCAGGUUGCGCAGGCGAUCCGCCAGGAAUUUUUCCAGAACGGAAACAAUGUCCUCAGCUACGACGACUUUUUCACAAAGAUGCGCCAGGUAGGCGCCACAAGUGCGGGAGACCAGUUGAAGGCUGUACAUUGAUUCAAUAAGUGCACUAGUACAACGACAACUAACAUGAAGACGAGGACUUACGCUUUUUGCAUGUAUAAGCAUGAUGCUGUCAUUCAUCUUUUUGGAUUGGCUUUGACACUUCAUAAUCGCAUUUUCGCCGCGCAUAUUCUCCCCGUUCAAGUUCAACACACACCAGUUAAACGCAAUCAUAAGCGAACUCUUGGGCCCCGUGGCCUCUGUGG